GUGGACUAUUUGCUCUCAGUCUGGGAGGUACUUUUGCGUCCCUGCUUGCAAAUAGGGAACCCAUGCCUGCAGAUUCAGCUAGGUCUCCAUGGGAUGAAAGUUUCUUAGAGCUUGGCCUCAUGCAAGGUAUACGAGGCUCGGAGGGACACACCGCGGAGGGAUCUGGUUUGUUGUGGUGAGGGGAGGGGGGAGGAGACGCUGACAAACCAAGAUGGCGGCGGCGGCGCCGAAGGCCGCGGCGGCUGGGAGGUAACUGUAGUGGUGAAGGCUGCGGUAGUUGGGAGGCAGCGGCAGAGUUUGGAAGGAACGAGGCAGGACGAAGAGGCGGUAGCAGUAGCGCCAGCUUGAGCCUCUCAGAGCGUGGCAGCUACACGCCCCCCAAGGCCCUCGGCGGGCGGCGGCCGCCCCGCUUAGGGCCUAGUCCCCGAGCAGUGCCUCGGCUUCAUACCGCGGUGUCCGCCAUGAGUCCUUAAGGGCGGUCCGAGCCCUCCAAGUCCUAGGGCCCACCAUGGAGCCGGGGUCCGACGACUUCCUACCGCCGCCGGAGUGCCCGGUGUUCGAGCCUAGCUGGGCCGAGUUCCGAGACCCUCUUGGCUACAUCGCGAAAAUCCGGCCCAUCGCCGAGAAGUCGGGCAUUUGCAAGAUCCGCCCACCCGCGGACUGGCAGCCACCCUUUGCUGUAGAAGUGGACAACUUCAGGUUUACUCCCCGAAUCCAGAGGCUGAAUGAACUAGAGGCCCAGACAAGAGUGAAGCUGAACUAUUUGGACCAGAUUGCCAAAUUCUGGGAAAUCCAGGGCUCCUCCUUAAAAAUUCCCAAUGUAGAACGGCGGAUCUUGGACCUCUACAGCCUCAGCAAAAUCGUGGUGGAGGAAGGUGGCUAUGAAGCCAUCUGCAAAGACCGUCGGUGGGCCCGGGUGGCCCAGCGCCUCAACUACCCACCAGGCAAAAACAUUGGUUCCCUGCUACGCUCCCACUAUGAACGCAUCGUUUACCCCUAUGAGAUGUACCAGUCUGGAGCCAACCUGGUGCAGUGCAACACACGUCCAUUUGAUAAUGAGGAAAAGGACAAGGAAUACAAACCCCACAGUAUCCCCCUUCGACAGUCCGUGCAACCUUCCAAGUUCAAUAGCUAUGGCCGGCGGGCCAAGAGACUGCAGCCUGAUCCGGAACCCACGGAAGAAGACAUUGAAAAGAAUCCGGAACUGAAGAAGCUACAGAUCUAUGGGGCAGGCCCCAAGAUGAUGGGCCUGGGCCUCAUGGCCAAGGAUAAGACUCUGCGGAAGAAAGAUAAGGAAGGGCCUGAGUGUCCCCCCACCGUAGUGGUGAAGGAGGAGUCAGGCGGGGAUGUGAAGGUGGAGUCAACCUCACCUAAGACCUUCCUGGAGAGCAAGGAGGAGCUGAGUCACAGCCCAGAGCCCUGCACCAAGAUGACCAUGAGACUGCGGAGGAACCACAGCAAUGCCCAGUUUAUCGAGUCCUAUGUUUGCCGGAUGUGUUCCCGAGGGGAUGAGGAUGACAAGCUUCUGCUGUGUGAUGGCUGUGAUGACAACUACCACAUCUUCUGCCUGCUGCCUCCUCUGCCUGAGAUUCCCAAGGGUGUCUGGAGGUGCCCAAAGUGUGUCAUGGCGGAGUGUAAGCGCCCCCCUGAAGCCUUUGGCUUUGAGCAGGCUACCCGGGAAUACACUCUGCAGAGCUUUGGCGAGAUGGCUGACUCCUUUAAAGCCGAUUACUUCAACAUGCCUGUGCACAUGGUGCCCACAGAACUCGUGGAGAAGGAGUUCUGGCGGUUGGUAAACAGCAUUGAGGAAGAUGUGACUGUUGAGUAUGGGGCUGACAUCCAUUCCAAAGAAUUUGGUAGUGGUUUCCCCGUCAGUGACAGUAAGCGGCACCUAACCCCUGAGGAGGAGGAGUAUGCUACCAGUGGUUGGAACCUGAAUGUGAUGCCAGUGUUGGAACAGUCUGUACUAUGCCACAUCAAUGCAGAUAUUUCUGGCAUGAAGGUGCCCUGGCUCUAUGUGGGCAUGGUCUUUUCAGCCUUUUGCUGGCAUAUUGAGGAUCACUGGAGUUACUCCAUUAACUACCUCCAUUGGGGUGAGCCGAAGACCUGGUAUGGGGUACCCUCACUUGCAGCAGAACAUUUGGAAGAGGUGAUGAAGAAGCUGACACCUGAGCUCUUUGAUAGCCAGCCUGAUCUCCUGCACCAACUUGUCACCCUCAUGAAUCCCAAUACCCUCAUGUCCCAUGGUGUGCCGGUUGUCCGUACAAACCAGUGUGCAGGAGAAUUUGUCAUUACCUUCCCUCGUGCUUACCACAGUGGCUUCAACCAAGGCUACAACUUUGCGGAGGCUGUCAACUUUUGCACUGCUGACUGGUUGCCAGCUGGGCGCCAAUGCAUUGAGCACUACCGCCGGCUCCGAAGAUACUGCGUCUUCUCCCAUGAGGAGCUCAUCUGUAAGAUGGCUGCCUGCCCAGAGAAGCUGGACCUGAACCUGGCCGCAGCUGUGCAUAAGGAGAUGUUCAUCAUGGUGCAGGAGGAACGGCGUCUACGAAAGGCCCUGCUUGAAAAGGGCAUCACGGAAGCUGAGCGAGAGGCUUUUGAGCUACUCCCAGAUGACGAGCGCCAAUGCAUCAAGUGCAAGACCACAUGCUUCCUGUCAGCUCUGGCCUGCUACGACUGCCCGGAUGGGCUUGUCUGCCUUUCCCACAUCAAUGACCUCUGCAAGUGCUCCAGUAGCCGGCAGUACCUGCGGUAUCGAUACACCUUGGAUGAGCUCCCUGCUAUGCUGCAUAAACUGAAGGUUCGGGCCGAGUCCUUUGACACCUGGGCCAACAAAGUUCGAGUGGCCCUGGAGGUGGAGGAUGGGCGGAAGCGCAGCCUUGAAGAGCUGAGGGCACUAGAGUCUGAGGCCCGUGAACGGAGGUUUCCUAACAGUGAGCUGCUGCAGCAACUGAAGAACUGCCUGAGUGAGGCAGAGGCCUGCGUGUCCCGGGCUCUGGGACUAGUCAGCGGCCAGGAAGCAGGCCCCCACAGGGUGGCUGGUCUACAGAUGACCCUGGCUGAGCUCCGGGCAUUUCUGGACCAGAUGAACAACCUGCCUUGUGCCAUGCACCAGAUUGGGGAUGUCAAGGGUAUUCUGGAACAGGUGGAGGCCUACCAGGCUGAGGCCCGUGAGGCCCUGGCCUCACUGCCCUCCAGUCCAGGGCUACUGCAGUCCCUGUUGGAGAGGGGGCAGCUGCUAGGGGUGGAGGUGCCCGAGGCCCAGCAGCUCCAGCGGCAGGUGGAACAGGCACGAUGGCUGGAUGAGGUGAAGCGCACGCUGGCCCCCUCAGCCCGGAGGGGCACCCUGGCUGUCAUGCGGGGACUUUUGGUCGCGGGUGCUAGCGUAGCCCCUAGCCCUGCUGUGGACAAAGCCCGGGCUGAGCUGCAGGAGCUGCUGACCAUUGCUGAACGCUGGGAGGAGAAAGCCCACCUCUGCUUGGAGGCCAGGCAGAAGCAUCCACCAGCCACACUCGAGGCCAUAAUCCAUGAGGCAGAAAACAUCCCUGUUCACCUGCCCAACAUCCAGGCUCUCAAGGAGGCUCUUGCUAAGGCCCGGGCCUGGAUUGCUGAUGUGGAUGAGAUCCAAAAUGGUGACCACUACCCCUGCUUGGAUGACUUAGAGGGCCUGGUGGCUGUGGGCCGGGACUUACCUGUGGGCUUGGAGGAGCUGAGACAGCUAGAGCUGCAGGUACUGACGGCACACUCCUGGAGGGAGAAGGCAUCCAAGACUUUCCUCAAGAGGAAUUCCUGCUACACGCUGCUGGAGGUGCUCUGCCCGUGUGCAGACGCCGGCUCAGACAGCACCAAGCGCAGCCGGUGGAUGGAGAAGGAGCUGGGGUUGUACAAAUCUGACACGGAGCUGCUGGGACUGUCUGCACAGGACCUCAGGGACCCAGGCUCUGUGAUCGUGGCCUUCAAGGAGGGGGAACAGAAGGAGAAGGAGGGUAUCCUGCAGCUGCGUCGCACCAACUCCGCCAAGCCCAGUCCACUGGCAUCAUCGACCACAGCUUCCUCUGCAACCUCCGUCUGUGUGUGUGGGCAGGUGCCGGCCGGGGUGGGAGCUCUGCAGUGUGACCUGUGUCAGGACUGGUUCCAUGGGCGAUGUGUGUCGGUACCCCGCCUCCUCAGCUCCCCAAGGCCCAGUCCCACCUCGUCCCCGCUGCUGGCCUGGUGGGAGUGGGACACCAAAUUCUUGUGUCCGCUGUGCAUGCGCUCACGGCGCCCCCGCCUGGAGACCAUCCUGGCACUGCUGGUAGCCCUGCAGAGACUGCCUGUGCGGCUGCCUGAGGGCGAGGCCCUGCAGUGUCUCACAGAGAGGGCCAUCAGCUGGCAAGGCCGUGCCAGGCAGGCUUUGGCCUCUGAGGAUGUGACUGCUCUGUUGGGACGGCUGGCCGAGCUUCGCCAGCGGCUGCAGGCUGAACCCAGGCCUGAGGAACCCCCUACCUACCCUUCAGCCCCUGCCUCUGACCCUCUCAGAGAAGGCAGUGGCAAGGAUAUGCCCAAGGUCCAGGGGUUGCUGGAGAACGGAGACAGUGUGACCAGUCCUGAGAAGGUAGCCCCCGGGGAGGGCUCAGUGGUGGGGAUACAACCAGGAGCAGCCUCUAACCCAGCCUGUCCCCGCAACCCACCAGACCUGGAGCUGCUUUCCUCGCUGUUGCCACAGUUGACUGGCCCUGUGUUGGAGCUGCCUGAGGCAACUCGGGCCCCUCUAGAGGAGCUUAUGUUAGAAGGGGACCUGCUUGAGGUGACCCUGGAUGAAAACCACAGCAUUUGGCAGCUAUUGCAGGCUGGGCAGCCUCCAGACAUGGAGCGGAUCCGCACACUUCUAGAGCUGGAAAAGGCAGAGCGCCAUGGGAGCCGGGCACGGGGCCGGGCGUUGGAGAGGCGGCGACGGCGGAAGGUGGAUCGGGGUGGGGAGGGCGAUGACCCAGCCCGAGAGGAGCUAGAGCCAAAGAGGGGGGAGAACAGUGCCUCCAUCACCCGUCAGCGGCGGAGGAGCACUAGGGCUGAAGUCUGGGAGCUCUGGGUUCUGAAAACAAGUUCUACCGGGUUCUCCUUACCUGAGGGCAAGACGUCCUGAGUCUCCCCCUACCCCACCCCCCAAGCCAUUUUCCCCCAUCUCCCAACGGACGGCCUGCCACCUCGUCUAAACUUCUGCCACGGCCUCCUCCAACUUCAUGCCCUCCAGUCUGUCCUCCUCAAGCCCCUGAGGGGAAUUUUGGUCUUGGCUUUAUUGAGGUAUAAUUUCGACAUCAUAAAAUUUACCUGCUUUAAAUGUAAAACUCAGUGAUUUAGAGGGAUGUUUCUAAAGUACAGAUGUGAUCUUGUCACUCUUGCUGCUUAAAACCAUCCAUGAUGCUUCAUUGCCCUUAAGAUCGAGGUUAUAUUUAUAAUCUCAUUCUUUGUGGAAUGCUUUCCUGUCUGACCCACCCAUAUGCCAUGUUCAGGGACGCUUCCCUGAUUUGUCUAUACCCUAAAGGGUUUUUUUCUGCCCCUGUGAAAUGGAGACUGAAGCUCAGAUGUGUGGUCAUUUGCAGCCCAAGUUCACUUUUACAGCUUUAUUGUGAUACAAUUUACAUAUCAUACAGUUUGCCCACUUAAAGUAUACAGUACAAUGGCUUUUAGUAUAUUCUAGUUGUGCAACCGUCAUUGCAAAAGAUUUUAGAAUGUUUUCAUCAUUCCAAAAUGAAAUCACACUCCCCAGGCAUCACCCUUCCCCUGCCCUACCCCCCCCCCCCCCCCGGCCCCUUGACCCUAGGCCACCACUAAUCUCUAUGGAUUUGCCUAUUUUGGACAUUUUAUAUAAAUGGAAUCAUACAAUUUGUGAUCCUUUGUGACUGUGUUCUUUCGCUUAACAUAAUGGUUUCAAGCUGAAUUCGAUUUUAAAUGGAGUUGUCAAUGGUGCCUUUAUAUUGGACAGAUUUUUUUUUCCCCUUCCGGGCCCCAGAGUCUUGACAAUGAGGGAAAAUGAGGGUGUUAGACUAGAUCGGGGGCCAUCACUACUCUCCCUUUUCUCAUUUGCUCCCUCACUGGGUUCAUUUUGCUCCAUUUCUCCUCCUUCCCAAGAUUUCCAGUUGAUGGGAACCUAGUGAUGAGUGAGAAAGCCCACCGUUUUCUGGCUGCUUUGAUUGGUGGGAGGAUCUGGCUAAGCCCUGCCUCUGGCCUUCUGGUCAGGAGGCACUGGGCUGUCCAAGUUAAAGGGGAGGCAGGAGCCAAUGAAUACCCCUGUCCUGGGCCCAGUUCAACCCAGGCCCCAAUCUAGGGGGAAAGGUUGGCCUGUCUGCCCACUUACUUGGAAUGGAUCAUGAAAGGAGGGUUGGAGGAGACACCGUAGAGAAGAGACAGGCUUGAGUGCUACAAAAGGGACAGGAAGGGGCUCAGGCUCAGCACUUCACUCCCACUCCCCACUGCAAGGCAGUCUGCCCCCAGAAGUAACCCAACAGGUGGGGGAAAGGGUACCUAUGACCUGCGGGCUAGCAAACUGCCGGCCCCAGUCUGGGGUCCUCCAGGGUAUGGCCCAGCCCUCAGCAGUUUGCAGACAGCCUUUUCCAUCUUGGCACUGCCCUGUGCCAUUCCUCACGGCAUGCAUCCCAUGAGCUCUGGAGAGGCCCCGGCUCUGAUUAUGCAAGACCCAGGUCAAACAUGGCCUCUUCCAGAUAGCUUGCUCUGGUGGCACAUAUGUCCCCCUUGCUGAAGCACUCACCUAGAAAAGGAGUCGGGGGUGGGUGGGGGACAGAGUGGGAGAUGGGAAGAAAGGACCUGGGAAGAAGAGGGCAUCUUCACCCUCAAAAGUCCUUUUUUAUAGACCCUAUUUGCUGCUGCUGCUGUUGCUGCUGCUGCUGCUGCAUCCUCCCAGAGGUUGCCACAUCAUUCAGGAUGGCUCCUGAGUCUGCAGGUGACAAGGAUGAGAAGAGACAUCACUUCCACUGAAGACUUAGCCCAACCACACACCUUUACUCCUCUAGUGCUUCCACUGUGCAUUACCUGUUGUCUGAAACACUCUAGGAUUAAUGGGUCUGUCUCUCCCACCAUCCUGGGAGCUCCUGGAGGGAAGGCAAGGCCCAGGUCUAAGUCCUCUGUCCCCAUUUCAAAUCAGUCUGGGUUCAGAAGGAGGGAGACAGGAGCGGCAUUUGGAGCCCCACUGCAUAGGAACUCUAUUCUCUUUGCACUGCAUGAAUCUCAUUGGUAACAAUGUUACCCUGUGGAAGUGGGGUCUGGGGUCCAGGACCAUGGUCACUGGGGGCAUGAAGGAGCAGACACUGACCAUGCUUCUCAGAACUCCUGAAAUUGUGGUGAUGGGAGAAGAGGGAUUUCGAGGCAGAUAGGGCCCCUGCCCCUGGGGCACUCCUCGGAAAGGAAAGGGAGCAGCCUCCCUUGUGAGCCCCCUGUUGGGUGCCAGCUCCAUGAGAGACAUUUCACAAAGUGCCUGUCAGACAUGCAGGAAGCAGAACCCUCGAAGAAUAGGCCUUGUCUGGGCAUAUCAGACCCGCAGAGCUGGGAUUCCCACCAAGUCUCUAUGAACCUACUGCUCUGUGCUGCAUGAUAGAAGGGGUCCAAAGUAAUCAGCUUGCACCCAGGAAAUAUUUCAUUGCGGGGGCUCAUCAUUGAUCUCUGCUGUUGGCAGGUGGGAACUCAGCAAUGCUGAUCAACAGCCAGAUUGGCCUUGGUAGGUAGAAGUCCUUAUUGUUGAACUUGUACAUAACCUUCAUGCCUGCCUGUAUUCAUUAUGUAUUGUUGAGUAAUAAAUUACUCCAAAAACUUAA